UGCACCUGCAGCUGCCCAUAGUCCCACACACAUAUUCAUUACUUGUCAUUUCCACUUCAACUAUCUAUUUCAUAAAAUUCACAAACACACACACAUCCUAAUUAUUCUUCCUAAAAUCCAUGGCAACUGAGCAUGGAAAACAGAGGAAACAGAGGAUCAAAUCACACACUGCAACUACUAGUGCUACUCAAGUGAUUAGUGAGCCCAAACAGGGUUUUCCUUGUAGGAAAAAGUUGUUUGGUUUUUUGAGUCUUGGAUGUGGUCGGGUUUCUUCGCCAGCUAUGGCGGUGCAUUUGCCAGAGAAAUCGAGGAGGAGAAAGAAAAAGAAGAAACAGAGGAAAAGUAGGGAAUCGUGUCCGGAGAAUGUGUGUUGUACUCCUCCCAGUAUUGGAUUUGCUUAUGAUGUUGCACUUAGUACUAGUGUUGAUGCACAUAGACGAAACCAUAGACAGCGUGCUCGUUCCGCAAGGCAUGUAAUGAAUGUUCAACAACGACCAUGGAGUACUACGCAUGUCAAUGAGGCAACUUUCAUUCGAUCAAAUGUACCCGAUUCCAGACAAUUUAAUCGUCUUCAGCGUCGUUCUCCUGAAGGAAUUCCCGAGAUAGUAAUGUUCGAACAGAAUCCACUGUUAAAUGGGAGAUUAGAAGGAAGUGAUCGAUUUGGAGCAUGGAGGAUCAAUGCAGAUCUCAUGUCAUAUGAGGAACUUGUGGAAUUGAGUGACCGAAUCGGGUAUGUUGAUGGUGGUUUGCAAGAAGAAGAAAUACUUGAAUGUUUAAAACGACCUAAGAAGUCGAUUUUUAAGUCCUUUGACUUUAGUUCUAAAGCUAAAGACUACAAAUGCAGCAUAUGCCAAGAGGAAUGUAAAGGAGAUGAAGAUUUGGGAAGACUUGAAUGUGGGCAUUAUCAUCAUUUAGAUUGCAUAAAACAAUGGCUUCUUAGGAAAAACGAAUGCCCGAUUUGCAAAGCUGCUGCUAAAUCCGACAAGUAAUCAGCCAUGGAAUGCUUUUACUAAGUUUUUUUCUUCUUUUUUGGUUCAUUUGUUAUGUUAAUGGAAAGUUAUUAGUUUUUAUUUUGCGCAACUAUAUGUAUACAUGGUAGAUAAUUAAGAAGAAGUCAUCAUUGGCGAUGUUACAAGAAUAUUCCUACAAACAUGUAAGUUUAUGUUGUUUCGUUGAAAUAAUAUUUUUCUGACACCGUGUAUUUGUUUGAUUA